AGCUGAUGCCUUGACGCAGCUCGAGCCUCCUCUUAAAUCUCUGUCUACCCAUUGGCGGAAAUAUGCACCAGGUUUGUCGUUUUGGAAAAGUUUUUUUUUUUUUUCCCGAAAGAGGGGUUCUUUUGGAAAUCGUAGCGUGAUAAAGUUUAAAAAUGUGAACCGAGUUAAAGAGAACAAAAUAUUUAAAAAAAAACAACAACAUGUGAACUCAAAACUUCAGCGUCAACAACCGGGAGCUAAGUUACUUACCUCGAGGAGAUGCUUUUUGCUGUCGUUAACAUCAGUUAGAUGUGGCCUGUUGCUGCAAGGCCUGCCGUGCAAAGAGCCUAACAUACUCAGGAUUCCCACCGUUUGAUGAAUUGGCGGUGGCAUGGCAGGGCAGGAGCAGAUAGCCGGAUGCGGAGUCGAUGUAAUGGUCCUUUUCGCCGAGUCGUUGUACGUAUACACAGAGCUGUUGACGGUGGCUACAGUGUGUGGAGGGUUGUCGGGACUGCUAGCUGCUGCUCUUCUGUAUGUCUUCUGCCUGAAGCCUCUGCUGUUGACGAGACAAGGUUACAAUGCAAGGAGGCUGCUUGAACCUGAUGACGGGGAGUUAGACAACAACCAGAGUGACUGUGUCAGCAACAGCAGAAAGGAUGCUGCAAGUGGUACCACCAAUGAAAAAGAGAAGAAGCAGCCACCCAUGAACAGUGAUGUGGCUGCGUUUGCAUCCAGAGCAAAGGUGGUUUAUCCCAUUAAUCAAAAAUACAGACCUUUAGCAGACGGUGCAUCCAACCCAUCGCUACAUGAACACUCCAAGUUGGCAGCAAUGCCUAAUGAGGAGUCAUCUUCCUCCACGGACAGAGAGUCUCUGAGCCAAGAGCAGGACAACGAUGAUAGCAGUCAGUUUAUCUCCUCCUCGCUGGUCCCCAAGAGCCUGCAAAACCAGAGCUUCACCAGGGUAUCUCACUACCCUCACACCCUGACACUAGCAGGUUUUGAAGGUAGAAUCAGCCUUUACUGUCUGGCCCUGCAGGAUAUACAACAACAUUGCUCUCAGCUUCAGGAAGAAAAAUAUCUGAUUUUUCUUCAAAUGGUGAAAAUAAUAUUCAGCUGCCGGUUUCCAAAAGACAAAAAUGAUGCUGACUUCUGCAAGAAUAUUCUUCAAAUGCAGGAAAAGGAACUAAAGGAGCUUAAGAAGCAGUUGAAAUUAGGCCAGCCUGCCAGCGAGAAGAACAAUGAUGCUCCCUGUACGUUGGAGGAGAUUGAGAGAGCUCAGAAAGAUCUCCUUGAACGUGGCCUUCAAAUGUCCAAAGGUUUCAGCAAACAUGUGGAGGACUUGUGUCAGCAUCUACUGAAGAGGACCAGCAAUUUCUCUCCGGAUGAAGCCCAGGAUGUGAUUCUGUCUCUCAUCAAAACUCUUUUGUUAGUAGAGAACCACCUGGUGAACACACAAGAGGAAGACCUAAAAAGAAUACAGCAGAAGCUGCUGUGGUGGGAGGAACUGACAGGGCUUCUUCAAUCCCAACCUGCCAUGCUAAAGCGGGAAGUGUCUCUGAGGCAGGGCUUGAUAGCCACAACACUGGAACAGUUGACGAGUGACGACAUCUUGACCUUUAGCCACAUGGAAAAGAUACUUUCAGAAGUUCAGGCCACUCUGACCGAAGGCCUUCAACGGUGCACCGAGGAGUGCACACGGAAGACAAAGGAGCUGGUGAAUGACAAGUGCAGCAAAGUAGAGGCCAAGCGGAAGAAGCUUCUGAGGAGUCAGACCAAGGAAAAGACCCGCACCCUGGAACUGAGACAGACUCACGGUGACCUACAGCGGCUCAGCAAGCUGUACCAGGAGCUGCUGAUGAAACACAGGCAGCAGAUUUCUGAUUUGGAGCUGCAGCAGGAGAACAGGGUGGCUGAAGCUCUCUGUGACAUUUGGAGGAAACUUCGUACCUCCUGGUCAAAGAAGCUUGGGGAGCUAGCCAAAGACAUCUUUCUCGCCUCGGUCCCUGCCCAGUCAAAACUCUCUGCUGAGCACUGUGAGAGGCUGUGGUUGGAUCUGGAGCAGAAGUUGGCUGCACAGCUGCAGCAGGCAGAGUGCACUAUCAAGCUGCAACUGGAGGACAUGAGGGCUCAGCUGGACAAAGAUGGACAGGUGUGGAGUGAGGAGAUGGCUCUGGUGCAGUCCUGUCUCAAACAUCUAAAUGAGCAACAGAUGAAGAUCCUCCAAGCCAUGGUGGCCAGACAGAGCUACACACUCAACAGUCAAGUGGGAAUGCUGAUAGAGAAGAAACAUGAGCACCUGUUGUUGUCGGUGCAGAGGUGUUUUGUGGUCAGGCACUUCUGUCUGCACAUGCUGAAGGAGAUGAGGCUGUCCAAGCUGAAGGCGCUCUCUCAGACUGAUUUCAGAGCCGUGCUAAUGGAAGGCCCCAGUAAAAACCAGUCCUGUGUCAGUUCAACUCUCAAGUCGCAGAGUAGCAGUGCCAGCCUAGCAGAGAGGCAUCUGGGUCCAGAGAGUCAGCUGGUGGGCCACAGCUUCCAGCAGGAGUUCCUUUCUGAACUGGAAACAGGAAUGGAGCUUCUUCAGAGCCAUGCACAGCUGGUGCUUGGCAACACCCUCAGCCACGCCAUCCAACAGAUGAUGGAGACCCCACCCUCUCCGAAACAGGACGGCAGCUUGAAGCACCACCUGAUAGAGGCGGCGUCAGAGAGCGUAUACGUGACCAAAGAUUCUCUCACCGCACUGGUCCAAAGCUACUAUUCCCACCUACAGGACGUUGCCACAAAACUACAGCAGGAUCAGUCAAACAUCAACCUUGUUAAAGAGAAGCAAGAGAGCAGCAGUCAGCUGAACAGAGCCUUGCAGAGGGAGCUGGUGAACUGGGGCAAAAAACCCACCUCCGCUGAGUUUCAACAGAGGGUCGAACUUCACAAAAGGAGGGUGUUGGAGCUGUGUGAUCUGGACCAGGAGACGGUAUAUGAGGAACUGAGGCGGAAGAAAGUGGCCCAAGAUCAAACCAUGGAAAGGAUCAAAAAACAGUUAUUGGAGGCAGAAGAAAGCUUCAUAAAUGAGCUGGCAGACUUGGCCCGGGUUUCUCUCCACAGUCCAGAACCAGAACCCAGUGGGGAAGAGGACAACGUUGGUGAUCAGAGUACCACAAUACUGGACCUGCUAGCCCUGAACCCAGCAUUAGAUCCAGCAUUGAAUCCUUCACUAACUCCAACUAUUGUAACUCAAGUGGUGAAAUCAAAACCAAAGAAGAAAAUACAACAAGAGUCCCAUCUCAGCUGAACUCUCAACACAGUAAUGUUCAUGUAUUCAUAUAGAAGUGUCUUGUAAAAAUCUUCUCUUAUUUUUAUAGUUGUUCUUCCCGUAUAAAGUAAUACCACUACUUGUCUGCUGGGAUCAGUUUUGUUAUUGUGAAUGUACCUCCCUUUAAAUGUUUCUAGAAGUGUUUUGCUUUAAGUCGGUUACUAAAAUGUUGCAAUAAUGACAAAAGCAAUCAGUUUUUCCAAUUAAUCUAUGUUAUUGUAAAUGCUAUGUACCAUCAAAUAAUGCAAGUCUGAAAUAAGAUAACAA